UUUUUCCCCGCCCCGGCACCCGCAGCGACCGCGGCGGCGGCCAAGGUGCUCAGAACUUGGCGCGAUGGGGCUUCCCGAGGAGCGGCGCAAGAGCGGCGGCGAGAGCCGGGCCCGGGAGGAGACCGGCGCCGAGGGCCGGGUGCGGGGUUGGUCCCCGCCGCCCGAGCUCAGACGCUCGGCACACGUCUCCUCUCUGCAGCGCUACCGCGAGCUGCACCGGCGUUCCGUGGAGGAGCCGCGGGAGUUUUGGGGAAGCAUUGCCAAGGAGUUUUAUUGGAAAACCCCAUGCCCUGGCCCAUUCCUCCAGUACAACUUCGAUGUGACUAAAGGGAAAAUAUUCACUGAGUGGAUGAAAGGAGCAACCACGAACAUCUGCUACAAUGUGCUGGAUCGAAAUGUCCAUGAGAAAAAACUUGGAGAUAAAGUUGCUUUUUACUGGGAGGGCAAUGAGCCCGGGGAGACCACCAAGAUCACAUACCGUGAACUUCUGGUCCAAGUGUGUCAGUUCAGCAAUGUUCUCCGUAAACAGGGCAUUCAGAAGGGUGACCGAGUGGCCAUCUACAUGCCUAUGACCUUGGAACUCGUGGUGGCUAUGCUGGCGUGCGCUCGCCUUGGAGCUUUGCACUCCAUUGUGUUCGCAGGCUUCUCUGCAGAGUCUCUCUGUGAAAGGAUCUUGGAUUCCAGUUGCAGCCUUCUCAUCACCACAGAUGCCUUCUACAGGGGGGAGAAGCUUGUAAACCUGAAGGAGCUGGCUGAUGAGUCCCUGGAGAAGUGUCGAGAGAAGGGUUUCCCAGUGAGAUGCUGCAUUGUGGUCAAACAUCUGGGGCGGGCAGAGCUGGGCAAGAAUGACUCCCCCAGCCAGUCUCCCCCAGUUAAGAGGCCAUGUCCAGAUGUGCAGAUCUCCUGGAAUGAAGGCGUUGACUUAUGGUGGCAUGAACUCAUGCAAGAGGCAGGGGAUGAGUUUGAGCCUGAAUGGUGUGAUGCUGAGGACCCACUCUUCAUCUUGUAUACCAGUGGCUCCACAGGCAAACCCAAGGGUGUGGUGCACACAAUUGGAGGCUACAUGCUCUAUGUGGCUACAACUUUCAAGUAUGUGUUUGAUUUCCACCCGGAGGAUGUGUUCUGGUGUACAGCAGACAUUGGCUGGAUCACUGGUCAUUCCUAUGUCACCUAUGGGCCACUGGCCAAUGGUGCCACCAGUGUUUUGUUUGAGGGGAUCCCCACAUACCCAGAUGAGAGCCGCUUGUGGAGCAUUGUGGACAAGUACAAGGUGACCAAGUUCUACACAGCACCAACAGCAAUCCGGAUGCUCAUGAAGUUUGGAGAUGACCCUGUCACCAAGCAUAGUCGGGCAUCCUUGCAGGUGCUGGGCACAGUAGGUGAACCCAUCAACCCUGAAGCCUGGCUAUGGUACCACCGGGUAGUAGGUUCCCAGCGUUGCCCCAUUGUGGACACCUUCUGGCAAACAGAAACAGGUGGCCAUAUGCUGACCCCUCUCCCCGGAGCCACACCCAUGAAACCUGGUUCUGCUUCUUUCCCAUUCUUCGGUGUAGCACCUGCAAUCCUGAAUGAGUCUGGGGAAGAGCUGGAAGGUGAAGCUGAAGGUUAUCUGGUGUUCAAGCAACCCUGGCCAGGGAUCAUGCGCACAGUUUAUGGGAACCACACACGUUUUGAGACCACCUACUUUAAGAAGUUCCCUGGCUACUAUGUGACAGGAGAUGGCUGCCGGCGGGAUCAUGAUGGCUACUACUGGAUCACUGGCAGGAUUGAUGAUAUGCUCAAUGUAUCUGGACAUCUUCUGAGUACAGCAGAGGUGGAAUCAGCACUUGUGGAGCAUGAGGCUGUUGCAGAGGCAGCUGUGGUGGGCCACCCUCAUCCUGUGAAGGGUGAAUGCCUCUACUGCUUUGUCACCCUGUGUGAUGGCCACACCUUCAGCCCCACCCUCACCGAGGAACUCAAGAAGCAGAUUAGAGAAAAGAUUGGCCCCAUUGCCACACCAGACUACAUCCAGAAUGCACCCGGCUUGCCUAAAACACGCUCAGGCAAAAUCAUGAGGCGAGUACUCCGGAAGAUUGCUCAGAAUGACCAUGACCUGGGGGACACGUCUACAGUGGCUGACCCAUCCGUCAUCAGUCAUCUCUUCAGUCACCGCUGCCUGACCACCCAGUGAUCAAGACUCUUGUCCAGGAUUUCCCUGUGCGUGGCUCUCCGAACUUCUGCCCAUCCACCCUGCCCCCUGCCCAGGAAUACAAGAGCCAAUGCUGAUUGACACUUUGGUUGAAACUAGGGAGCGUUUCCUAGACUGCCAGGUAGAAGAGACAGGGCACAGGUCAACUUCAGACUGAUAUGCUCCUAGACUCCGGAGGUCUCCAAGCCCAGAACAGAGACUUAACACUACAUCCUCAACCACAGUUAGCUAGUCUGAGUGUAAGUGAGGGCCUAGACAGAAGCAGGGCAGUAAUCCUUUCAGCUUUCUGGAAAGCACCAAUUCUUAUCUUGGGCAAGCCCAAGCCUUUAGAAAUGACAGUUUGUGAGUCUAUGAAUAAUUAUUUUUUUAAAUUCUUCGUUGUUUCUGUUCUGAAUCUGAAUUCCUUGCCAGAUGGUAGCACUGUCUGCCUGUUUGCUCUAGAGACUGCAGGUGGGUUCAGUCUCCAGACUCUAGAGGGUUUUCAUAGCAUCUGCUUCAUUGAAAGAGUAAGAUACGCUCUGUUCCUAGAACCAAGGGAGUUAACAACGUUCCUAGUCCUGCCCCAUGAACAGAACCCUGCCCACAAGGGGCACUCUUAGGUGAAACUCUUCUUGUACUUUUUGUGCUCAAGACUCACUGUUGUAGGAAUAAAGUUUAUGGGCUCAAGAAGAGAAUUGGUUUUUUUAGGUAUCUGUGUGUUUAUUAGCUGCUCUGAUGUAUGUGGUAGUUGGGAAGAGCAUUGCUAGUCCCCAGACUCCCCCAGAACCCUUUGUUUGGGCAGAACCAGGCAAAGCUUCACUCUCAAGACCUCUGACAAGCCCCUAAGCAAGAGUGAUUAAAGCCAGUUUACAACUA